AUGGAUGGUUGUGUGGUCCGUCUCCACACAGUGAAAUUCAAGCCCAAAAUAGAUGGCAGCAGAGGUGACUUUACUGCCCAGCCCAUCAAAGUUCACUUCUACGAGCUGCUGGGAAUCAGUGAUGCCACGGAGCUCGUUCCACAGGUACUCGCAACUCCUGCCACUCCCCUGCACGCCUUUGCCUUCUUAUCGAGACAUACUACCUCAAUCACAUUGAAGAACUUGUGUGCAUCUGUCCAUCCCCUCCCUGCCAUAGCACCCCUUUUCCGCUGGAAACAGCACAAGUGUCAUCAUACCCACAGAUUCUUAUGAUGAAUUCCUCUCACAGGCAAUCAGAUUAAUUAUAGAGGGCAGUCCAAAUGCAUCCACUCUUCUGGGACCACUAAAAAUAAAUGACAGUAAUGCCUGGUUCUGCCAAAGGGGUUAGGGAGUGUUGCUGAGAAGCCAAGAAGCAACAUAUAGAAAACUUGCCCUUACAGUGGCUUGCGAAAGUAUUCACCCCCUUGGCAUUUUUACUAUUUUGUUGCCUUACAACCUGGAAUUAAAAUAGAUUUUUUGGGGUUUGUAUCAUUUGAUUUACACAACAUGCCUACCACUUUGAAGAUGCAAAAUAUUUGUUAUUGUGAAACAAACAAGAAAUAAUACAAAAAAACAGAAAACUUGAGCGUGCAUAACUAUUCACCCCCCCAAAGUCAAUACUUUGUAGAGCCACCUUUUGCAGCAAUUACAGCUGCGAGUCUCUUGGGGUAUGUCUCUAUAAGCUUGGCACAUCUAACCACUGGGAUUUUUUUUCCCAUUCUUCAAGGCAAAACUGCUUCAGCUCCUUCAAGUUGAAAUAGGUUCUGCUGGUGUACUGCAAUCUUUAAGUCAUACCACAGAUUCUCAAUUGGAUUGAGGUCUGGGCUUUGACUAGGCCAUUCCAAGACAUUUAAAUGUUUCCCCUUAAACCACUUGAGUGUUGCUUUAGCAGUAUGCUUAGGGUCAUUGUCCUGCUGGAAGGUGAACCUCCGUCCCAGUCUCAAAUCUCUGGAAGACUGAAGCAGGUUUCCCGAAAGAAUGUCCCUGUAUUUAGCGCCAUCCAUCAUUCCUUCAAUUCUGACCAGUUUCCCAGUCCCUGCCGAUGAAAAACAUCCCCACAGCAUGAUGUUGCCACCACCAUGCUUCACUGUGGGGAUGGUGUUCUCGGGGUAAUGAGAGGUGUUGGGUUUGCGCCAGACAUAGCGUUUUCCUUGAUGGCCAAAAAGCUCAAUUUUAGUCUCAUCUGACCAGAGUACCUUCUUCCAUAUGUUUGGAGAGUCUCCCACAUGCCUUUUGGUGAACACCAAAUGUGUUUGCUUAUUUUUUUCUUUAAGCAAUGGCUUUUUUCUGGCCACUCUUCAGUAAAGCCCAGCUCUGUGGAGUGUAUGGCUUAAAGUGGUCCUAUGGACAGAUACUCCAAUCUCCGCAGGGUUAUCUUUGGUCUCUUUGUUGCCUCUCUGAUUAAUGCCCUCCUUGCCUGGUCCGUGAGUUUUGGUGGGCGGCCCUCUCUUGGCAGGUUUGUUGUGGUGCCAUAUUCUUUCCAUUUUUUAAUAAUGGAUUUAAUGGUGCUCCGUGGGAUGUUCAAAGUUUCGGUAAUUUUUUUAUAACCCAACCCUGAUCGGUUCUCCACAACUUUGUCCCUGACCUGUUUGGAGAGCUCCUUGGUCUUCACGGUGCUGCUUGGUUGGUGGUGCCCCUUGCUUAGUGGUGUUGCAGACUCUGGGGCCUUUCAGAACAGAUGUAUAUAUACUGAGAUCAUGUGACACUUAGAUUGCACACAGGUGGACUUUAUUUAACUAAUGAUGUGACUUCUGAAGGUAAUUGGUUGCACCAGAUCUUAUUUAGGGACUUCAUAGCAAAGGGGGUGAAUACAUAUGCACGCACCACUUUUUCGUUAUUUAUUUUUUAUAGUUUUUUGAAACAAAUUAUUUUUUAAAUUUCACUUCACCAAUUUUGACUAUUUUGUGUAUGUCCAUUACAUGAAAUCCAAAUAGAAAUCCAUGUAAAUUACAGGUUGUAAUGCAACAAAAUAGGAAAAACGCCAAGGGGGAUGAAUACUUUUGCAAGGCACUGUAUGUUUGAUCAUCAGAAGAUACUGUAUGGUCGUGCAGCCAAGUAUGUAUUCUCAUUCGUAUGUGUGUCGGUUGUGUGCAUGUGUUGCUGCUUGUGGUUUACCCUCAUCCUAUUCAUGGACACACACUGAAUAUAGUUUUCUCUGUGAAGUUCAUUUUUUUGCGAAACCACUGUAGAUGACUAAACAAAUGAUUGCAAUAGCUACAGCAGAAUAGGAGAGAGAGAGGGAGGGUAGAGAGAGCGAAAGGGAGAGAAAAAUUGCGUACAGGUGUUGGAUCUUAUUUUGACCAGUAUUGUCGCAGCAAAAUAAUCCUGCAGCAACAGGAUUUGAACGUUUAGUCCAUAAUGUUGCUUGACUGGUGGUUAGGCUAUUAGCUGGCAAAAUUUAGGCUACAUGAAAAGUGCAAUAGUGUUAAUAUAACCAUGUGUUAGUGCAGGUUUUCAGUGAAUUUAUGUGAAUCAUGAAGCUCAUCUGCAUUUCAUUCUCAGCAACAAAAGAGUGAUCAAAUUAAGAUCUUACAACUGUACACACACAAGUGCAGGCACACACACCUUCUCCCAUGAUCUCUUUCUUGUCACCCAUGUCAUUUCCUCUCUUUCAUACUUCAGUUUUCAUUAUGAUAUUCCGUCUUUCCUCCCCUUCGUCUUCUCUGUCUCCCAUUUCCCUGGCUUUUCCCCCCUCUUAUGAGCCUGUCUGUACAGAUGCUGAUUUUAUGCAUAUAGGUCAUAUUAUCAUCAAUAGUAUUCCUCCUGCCUCUGGCCUUUACUUGUCCCAGAACUCUCAUUCUUAAUUGAUUGUGCUUUAAAAUCCGGCUAAAUCUCAGUGUCUUGGAAGAGUAGGAUAUGGAAGGGUGGGAUAUUUAUUCAAUUUAUCAAAUAUGGCUAUGUGUGUGUGUGUGUGUGUGUGUGUGUGUGUGUGUUCAUGAGUCUGUGUGUGUUUUCCAUAGGUAGAUAAUAAGGAUAUCCUGAGUUCAGUGGUUGCUCUGUUUGAUGUGUCUCUCCCUGAUGUUGGCCCUCGAGACGUCCAUGACACGGUACACAGCCAUGGAACGCACACUAUUAUCCUACUCAGGCAACAGUCAGGUAUACUUCACUUUCUACAGUAUGUUCAUUAUUCACACAGUUAAAGUGGGCCUUUUUGGAUAUAGACAUCAGAAAUCUCUGUUCUAUUAAUGUCCUGCUCCAUCUCUGUCUCAGCAACUCUCUCUCUCUCUUUAUCUCUGCACCUCUCACUCUCCCCCCUGCUUCUCUCUCUCUCCCCCUGCUCCUCUCUCUCUUUCUCCCUGCUCCUCUCUCUCCACCCCCUGCUUCUCUCUCUCUUUCUCCCUGCUCCUCUCUCUCCCCCUUGCUUCUCUCUCUCUCUUCCCUGCUCAUCUCUCUCUCCCCCCUGCUCCUCUCUCUUUCUCCCUGCUCCUCUCUUUCCCCCUGCUCCCCUGCUCCUCUUUCCCCCUGCUUCUCUCUCUCUCCCUCCCUGCUCCUCUCGCUCUCUUCCCCCCUUGCUCCUCUCUCUCCCCCUGCUCUCUCUCUCUUUCCCCCUGCUCCUCUCUCUAUUUCUCCCUGCUCCUCUCUAUCUUUCUCCCUGCUCCGUCUCUUUCCCUCCUGCUCCUCUCCCCUCCUCAUCCCCCCGGUCUUCUCUCUCUUUCCCCCCUGCCCUCUCUCUCUUUCCCCUGCUCAUCUCUCUCUCUCUUUCCCCCUGCUCCUCUCUCUCUCUCCCUGCUCCUCUCUAUCUUUCUCCCCCUGCUCCCUCUUUCGCCCUCUCCUCUCCUCCUCUUCCCCCCGCGCCUCUCUCUCUCCUAUUUCUCCCUGCUCCUCUCUCCCCCCGCUCCUCUCCUCUCUUUCCCCCCGCUCCCUCCCCCCCCCCCCCCCCCCCCCCCCCCCCCCUCUCCAGAUGUUUUAGAAGAGUACAGAAGCAGAACACUGCCCUGUCCUAGACGGGAACCUGUGAGCUCCCCUGUCCCUGCAGUGGUAAAUGGGGAUAGAGAAUCAGAGGGGCGAUACCUCCAAGUAUUCAGCGAAUCAGAAGACAGUUCAGAUGACAGCGCUGAUGAGCAUGAAGAAGGCGAGGAGGGAACAGAGCCCAGGUACAGUGCUACAGUAACUCAUGCAUCACAUUGCACUGCCUCUGACCCACUGUUACAUUGGCUCAUAGUACUGUAGCACUCCUGAAUUCUAAAAGCUCUUCUUGGUAUUAGCAGGUGUACUGCCCUUUCAAUGAUGCUGAUCCAUGAGCUUACACUAAUACAUGAUGGAUCCUUAUAGCACUGACUUAGAAUGCCAGUGUCAGUCUCACUAAUCCCUAAACAAUUCAAGCAUUUAAGACAAACGAAUGAACAAACAAACAAAUGAACAAACAAACGAAUGAAUGAAAUAAGGGAUUUACGCACAUUGGAGUCAUUUCCAAAUGCAUUGCCGUAGUGAGUGCCAUGGAAAUUAUAUUUAUUGGUCUGAAUUCUGGGUUGAAUUGACCACCAAUUCUAUGAAUAAAUAAUGAUCUGUGGCAGGCCAUUUUCAAACAACUAUAGUUCAUCAGACCAACAGAAAGCUGAAUAUAAAGGUGGAUCCUCAGGGGAACCAUAAAGCUGAUAGGAUUGUAUGGUGCUUAAAUGGGAUGGCCUGAAAGACACUUACAAACAGAAGGGGCUACAAGAACCCCUGCUCUGGAAUAACAGGACAUGGCAGACCCAACUUUUACCCUAAAUCCAAUUAGAUUGUAUUUUUUAUUUUAAUUUUACUUUGAAUUCACGUUAGUUGACAAAUCAAUCAAAUGUAAAUCAAAACUAAACGUUGAACUGACGUCUGUGCCCAGUGGGUUGUAUCGUACUGUGUUUGAGUGUAUUACAUACGUUGUGGCAUGGUCUCAGUGUGUUCUCAGGACUGUGAAUUGUCAGCUUGUUGUGUCAAUAUCCUCCAGUGUGUGUGUUCAUGUGCGCAUAUAUGUGGGUGUGCGUGUGAGAGUGCAUGUGUGAGUGUAAGUGUGUUGAUAGCUGUAAGGUUGUGUCUCUGCAUUUUGAUGUGAUGCUAAUGGACAUGAAUGACAAAUGAGGGCAAAGUAAACCCAAGGCGAGACCCGGCUAACAAGAGCGACUCUAUUAAAGAUAAUGAGAUUAAGGGACUUUGAGGAUAUCCACUCCCAAGGCUGACACUGCUGUCAGCCAAGUGCUCUGACUUGUCCGACUAGAGCUUAGCUUGCCCAUCCCUGCAGCAGAGCAGAGCAGAGCAGGCCAUACUAACAUUAGCACUGAUGCUCUGGAGAUGACAUUUCCUGGAAGGGAGAGUCCAUAUAAAAACACCUACUACCCAGUUCCUGCCUGUAGGACAGCUGUAUGACAGGGGCAGAAACAAACCUAUACCGAACAGUAUGAGGUUACUCUAUUACAGAGCACUGAAGCACCCCAAAGUAUAAGGUGAUGUGGUAGAGAGCUGAAACACUACUGCUCAGAGCUUUUAGAGCAUGGAAACAUUAUGAUAUAUAACUGUGCGUAGACACCGUUUUGCAGAUUGAUUAUCAGACAACAGAGACAUGGCUACAUAUCUUCUUGUGUUUUAUAGUGAAAAACCUUGUAGUGUUUGUUUACUAGCUUGUGUGCCUCAGUGUGUCUCAAUAGCUUGUGUAACAGUCUGUCGUUCAUAGUGACAGUUGUCUUCAUUGUGUCUGUUCUUUUAGGCCUAGCUUCUAAGAGCGUCUUAUUACGUAGCCAUACCUUUAUUCCUCUUAUAGUAGUAGAACUAUUUGGCCCAGUCAGUCCAUCUCUGUGUGUCUAACUGUGCAGUGUUCCAUCCCCGCAGGUCUGCGUGGGAGACCUUCUGUACAGGGCUGGAGGAGUUCCUGGCCAGGGCACGGGAGCGGAGGGCACAGAGAGAGGCUCCAGUAGAAGACCAACAGCUCCCGCUCACAGCUGUGGGAGCUGAGUCACUCAUCGUAGGGGCUGCAGCGUAUGAGUUAAAGACAUUGUGAGUAGCAGUAUGAGGGCAGGCAUAAGACAUCAGGUACACAGGGAUAUGCAGUACUUUGGUAAAAUGAACAAAGAUUACAGUCAAAAUGUAACAGAGGAAUAUGAUCCUGGGAGAGGUGAUGGAGUUUUCGGUCAAAUUUUGGGACAGGUUACACCAUCGUUUCCCAAACUCGGUCCUCGGGACCCCAAGCGGUGCACGUUUUGGUUUUUGCCCUGACACUACACAGCUGAUUCAAAUGAUCAAAGGUUGAUGAUUAGUUGAUUAUUUGAAUUAGCUGUGUCGUGCUAGGGCAAAAACCAAAACGUGCACCCCUUGGGUUCCCAAGGACCGAGUUUGUGAAACCCUGGGUUACACCCUCAAAGAGAUACUAGACUUUUUGCUGAGCUCUAGCCCAGGUUUUGCCACAGGAACAUAAUUUCCUUGUCUGUCUUCAUCUACAUUUCUCUCCCAAAAUCUGUUUCCUGUUAUUUAUCCUUUUUCAGUUCAAUGUCAACAGCAUAGGAAUUCCUGAGCACCUGUCUCUGUUUUUGCACAGAAGAAAAUGCAUUUACAUCAGGGUAUAAACCAUGUUUUCAACAUUCUAUUUGAACCCACAUUUUUAUGAAUCAGGUAGGACAUAUUAAAACGGAACGUUUUAGCCCCAAGGCCGUCCGGGAGAUGCCCUUAAACACAAUGACCCAGUCAGGAUAGGGAACAGACUGGGUACAGUUUCUAGCAGGCAUUCACAUUUCCACCCAUCCUCUCCUCUUGGACUAGGUGGAUUCCUUCCAGGUUUUUUAAAGAGUGAAAAAAAAAAAAAAGUACAUCUUCAAACUGAAAGAAGCCUUGUCAUUAAAAGUCCCCUUCUGGAAGUCAGGUCUGGGUCCCACCCUUUGAGGCCUGCAUCCCUCCCACACCCUCUCGGCUCGCCUGCAUCUAUUUCCAGAGGAUGGCUGAACUGAACACUGUGCUGAGCUGUGAGGGAGGUAGUGUGUAAUUACCUCCCAAUGAGAGAGCAGCAGCAGCGUACUGCUUCCCUCCCCUCUCCUCUCCCUGCCAAUGGCUUCCACCUCUCCCCUCUGCCAUCCUGAUCCCAGCCUCCACACUUUCACAGUUUGUCCAGUGAAGUGAACAGUGGUGGCAGAGUGAGAAACAGAGGACACAGUGCUCUGCUGCUUUAGCUCCUCACCAGUCCAUUGAACGUGGUCCUUAAAAUAGGAACAGUAAUAUUAAUCCAAUGUGGAAGUAUUACCCCCAGUGGUUACUUAUGGACAUAUCAAGCAGUAUUAACCGAGAUGUUAAUGGCCAUAAGGAGAGGGAUCAACUCAGGCAUAGAUGCUUGCUAGCUAAUAGCCAUAACUGGUGGGCUCAUCACUAAUGCAUACAAUGCAGGAGUAUAAGAGCAUUACUGGUAAUGGGGAUGAUAGUAGUGUGGCCAUCAUGUGCAUUACCGCUAUAGUAAUGGCUAUUGGCUGAAAUAUGGACAUGAGUCGGGAUGACAACAUUGAGUGAAAGCAACCAACAACACUACUGGGAAACAUGAAGGUCUGACCUCUCUUUCACCUUGCCAGGUCAACAGGAGAGAAGGUGCUACAGUUAUCUCUGAUGGCUACCAGGAAGCGCUAUCGGAACUGUGGAGUGGGUCGCUACAUUAUAGAGGUAGGGUGGGGCUGGGGCAUGUGUUUGUCAGCUCAGUGUGAAUAUACAGUAGAGUCUCCCAGUAGCUAUGUGAACCGUGCUUUAGUGAGAACCUGAAAUUAGAAGCAAUUCCCUCUGUGAUGUUGGGCUACACUGGUUUGAAAAAUAGUAAGUAGUAACUUGAUUAAAAAUAACUGCCAGGCAAAGUUGUACAUAAUGAAAGGUCAAAAUACUGUAACCACAGAGCGUGAACUAUACAGAAUGUACAUUUUCUUUAACUAUGAACCAGCAGUCUGUUAUUAUGUCAGGAGUUUGGGUGUGCCAGCCAAAUCAAGGCAGCGCUCUGUCUGGCUGCUGCCACAGUCAUUCAUACAGCCUCUCUGAUGCUUCUCUGUCUCUGUGUGGUUAGAGGCCCCCCUGCUGGCCAUGAGAGGAUUUGCAGAUCUUUACACUGAACUACUACUGUAUGGUUCUACAGUACCUGUCAGUUCCAGUUCUACCAGCAUGUUUUUGAUGAUGGUACACUAUUAUAAAAGCUUACCUUUGUUUUCGUUAUUCCACUGUGGUGGCCAGCUGCUGAAGACCCAGUCAGUGUGUGGGGCAUACGAUGCGUUCCUCGCUCACGCUGACACAGACGCGGUGGACUUCUUCUCACGCUGUGGACUCACUGACGACGCCCUACUCAACGAUAAGUUCAGGUACUGAAACACAUCAUCACCACCACCAGUCUGCAUGUUCAACAUGUUGUUUACAUCUCACCUCUUUCUAUCUUUCAUCAGAGAAGUGAGGGAUGAGUGGACCAACACCACCCUAAUGAGUUAUCUGCCUCCCUUCACCACAGGUGAGCCACCUGACAUUUACCACACAGGGAGCUCAAUACUGGUCAUAUCAAUAAAUCCAGCCUUUACCAUCCUCUCAUUCUCCAGAGUCAGAGAGCUGUAACCCAGGGUUUUCCUUGAUGCUGCCGGAGCUCAAGCUGGAGGUGGAGAUGGCGUGAGUUGAUUAAGCACACAACAUGACACUCCCCCACUGUGUCCAUAGAGACCACCCCUAACAUUGUUUAUUAGAGCAGAGACUAUAUAAAGUAACACAUAGGUUACACAGCAAUGUCUCAGUGUUAUUACAUGGUGUAACAUAAUAAAUAGCAAGUGUUUCUUUAUGUACACUGGCAGAGGAUCAUUAUAACAUGAGACCACACACUAUGAUUGUUGUGCCCUGUCAGAAGGUAAUUGUUGUCUCCUCUAUCUCUCUCAGGAGGACCAAGGCCCUGGCAGCCUAUCAGCAGCAGGCCGUGUGUGUGACAAGGCUGGUCAGAGAGGUCAAGACCCUUAGAGAACAGGUGAGACUAAUCAACCACACCUCCUUUGAGGAUAUUCUAUGGAAUAUACAGCCUGGCUAGAUAACUGUACAUCAAAUCAAAUUGUAUUUGUCACAUGCGCCGAAUACAACAGGUGUAGACUACUGUGAAAUGUUUUCUUUCGAGUCCUUUCCCAACAAUGUAGAGUUAAAAAGUCAGAACAUUUGCAAAAUAAAAAUAAGGAAAUAGUAACACAAUAAAAUAUACAUCAUGUGUUAACACAUUCAGCUGGAGUUACGGAGGAGAGAUGUGGACAACCUGAACAAUGAGUUGAACAAGGAGAGAGACCGACGGCACAGAGUAGGUCCGUUUCACAUAGGUCCUACUCCAUUUUGAUCGGACAUAUCCACAAUGCUGUACAGAAUGUUGAUUUUGAAGCAUUGUUGUGCGUUGUUUGUGUGUACAGAGCGACAGUUUUUGGAGUACAAACUAAGGAAGACACGACAGCUCCUAGAGAGGCAGGUGAUUUACGACUCAGGUCAGUGUGGCUAGCUUUGCCUACAUGUUCUGAUCUCAUUAUUAGUCCUUCAAGCACCCUGUACUGGCCAUACCAAGUUACUGAUAUCUCCACGAAGCUUUGUUGAUAUAUUGAUAUCUAUGUUUGAAUGUGAACAUAAAACAGUAUUAUUUUGCUAUGUUCUGUUUUUUAGACGAUCCCGACCAGAAUGACCCGGAAUCUCCCAGUGAACCCAUCAGUUCCCCUCCCAGUCCUUUGGACCUGUCGCUAGAUGCAGAGAUGUAG